AUGGGCAAGCCUCCGAACCUAUACGCUUUUCAAAGCGCUGCUGAGCUCGCCCCGAGCCUGCGCACCUACGUUCUCGACGCCCAAAACGCUGCGCUCGAGCGCCACCAAGUUUUCCGUGUUGCCGUCUCCGGCGGCUCCCUGCCCAAGACGCUUGCGCAAGCGCUUCUCAAGGAAACCAAUGGCGAGGGAAAGGUACAAUUCGACAAGUGGGAGAUCUUCUACGCCGACGAGCGCGCCGUGCCCCUCGAUCAUGAGGACAGCAACCACAGGCUGGUCAAGGAAGAGCUUCUCGACAAGAUACCGUCUGAGUUGGGAACGCCCAAGGUGUACCCAAUCGACGUCAAGUACCUCGAUGACGUACAAGAACUGGCGGACCAGUACGAAAAGACGCUCGUCAGUGUCUUCGCUGCGCGCGAUAGCGUAAAGCUGCCACUAUUCGACCUGCUCCUGCUUGGCUGCGGACCGGACGGGCACACAUGCAGUCUGUUUCCCGGCUCUGAUCUCCUGCGCGAAUCGGAGGCGUGGGUACUUUCCAUCUCCGACUCUCCAAAGCCACCCCCGAAGCGCAUUACCAUCUCCCUUCCUGUUGCGCAACACGGACUUAAGAUUGGCUUUGUUGCAACUGGCGGGGGAAAGAAGGACAUCAUGCGUCAAAUUUUCGAUACCGACGAGGGUCAACAACUACCAUGCGGUCUGGUGAACCACAAGGGUGGAGACCGAGUUAGCUGGUUUGUCGACUAUGCUGCUAUCGAGGGUGUUUCUUUCCCAGCGCGCCGCGGUAGCUUCUACCAACGCGCGUCUACAAUCAAGCCGCGACCUGCAUCAAAGAUGAACGCAAAGCCACGCUCGCAGAUAGGAAGGAUCGGCCAUGCGCCGGCACGAACCCGGACCGCUGCAUCUAUCACUCCAGCUGAGAACGAUCAACAAGCAACAAGACAGGGCACGAGUAGUAUCGUGCGUCCUUCACCGAGUAAACUACCGUCGUUCCAAGGUGACACGGAGACUCGUCGUAGCUUACUUCCCCAACCUGGUCAACAUAGAUACAAUACUCGGUCGAGUAUACUCCCAGAAGUGUCUGAUCAAGAUGUUGGCUCUGAAGAUACGGGAGACAACUUACAUGAGGCGCAAGAUCAACCCGAAGCUGCAUCAACAACACAAGAAAUCCAGGCCCCUAUUGCAGUACCGGGACGUCUUCGACCCCGAUCAAUGUAUCAAACUGGCACUCCAUCAUCUCAGCGCACCGAAAAUACGGAAAAAACGAGUGCUGCUCGUUCUAUGCGACCCCCAACUUCAAUAAGCAAGCUUGUGGGGCCACAGGCAGGACUGAGCCGAUCGCAAUCUUUGCGAAAACCAGCUGCUACAUCACGACCAGCUCAUCCAUCAGGUCUUUCCGGUCAUUCUCGGACGCAAUCGACGAGUACCAUAUCAGCUCCACGACAAAAUGUUGCUAGGUCAAACACAGUUUCCGAACGACCAAAGUCGCUACAGAUAGCACCAAGUCGUACCACCAAGACCAACAGCACAACCUCAGAUGCGCUCCCUGGUGCCACCAGGACAUCAAUACGUAGCGCCGGUAUUAGUCGCACUGCCAGUACUCGGACCAAACCAGCAACAUCAAGUAGUCUACCAAGUAGCGGUCCUACACCUAGGGCGGAAGAGCCUCUUGCAACACAGUCGAGACGUAAAGAAGCUGGACCAGAAGAGCCGAAGAAGACUAAUCGACCAGCUUUCAGCACGCUUCAACAGCACUUUACACCGCGAAAGGUAGGGAAGGCCCCAACUGCCACUUUUAUCAACCCUGCGCCCCAAGCGCCAUCGUACUCGCUUUCACCAGAGACAGUCAGUCUUCAAUCAGAGCUAUUCCAACUUCAUCUCCUGCAUGAAUCGUCGGUGCAGGUGUGCAGACACUGGGAGAUCAGCGCGAAGCGUAGCUUGCACACAAAAUUUGAAGAGGUGGCUAGCUUAUAUGGAGUCAUGUUAGAGAAUGAACGUGCAGCACAGGAGCAGAAGAAUCUUCAGUCUUUGUUAGAGUGGAGUGCUGGCGGCUCAUCGCUAGGAAUCGUUGAGCACAUACAGAUUCUCUCGGAGCCUCUUCACGAACUGCCGUCAUUGGUCGAAUCCGGUGGUCGACUGCAACGUCUAGUGGGUGAAUUUGAACACUGGCUUCUUUGGGUCCAGGAUGUUCGGUCCGCUCGACAAGACCAUGGUAGAGCCAAGCCGGCGUUUGGUACGAUUGAAGGUCUUGGGGAUGCGUGGAAAGCCGAAAACGCUACGCUAUCUCGAAAAUUGACUGCCCUCGCCCGUGACCUGAACAGACUAGCUUCACCAACACCCGGAUCAAGCAUAGCAUGCAUGAUCGAAGCAUGCACAUCAAUCCUACACGGGGUCUUGGAUGAGUUGCAAAUAAUGCAAAAAAUUGAGACCGAAGUGGUGUCAAGGGAGAAAGAUUGGGUCGAGGAUCGGCUUCGAGUGAUUGCGCAGGAUGUCGAGACACAGUGGGUGGAUGUUGAUGAACAGAAUGCUGCUUGGCGGAUGUGA